CGCUCAUGUGAUUAGGGUUUAGGGUUUGCAUAUAUAACGAAAUAUUGUCUCGUUUACUACUUUCUUGUCCCUCAGAGCUCUCAUUCAGAUCCGUUGCCCUUCUCUGCAUCUUAACCGGCGCAGACGGAGCUAUGGUGCACGUCAGUUUCUACCGCAACUAUGGGAAGACUUUCAAGAAACCACGUCGUCCAUAUGAGAAGGAACGUUUGGAUGCUGAGCUGAAGCUUGUAGGAGAAUAUGGGCUCCGUUGCAAGAGGGAGUUGUGGAGGGUUCAGUAUGCUCUGAGCCGCAUCCGUAAUAAUGCUAGAAUGCUUCUCACUUUGGAUGAGAAAAACCCCCGCCGAAUCUUUGAGGGUGAGGCCCUUCUGCGAAGAAUGAAUAGGUAUGGUCUGUUGGAGGAGAACCAGAACAAGCUUGAUUAUGUCUUGGCGCUGACUGUUGAGAACUUCCUUGAGCGUCGGCUCCAAACAAUUGUGUUCAAGGCGGGUAUGGCCAAGUCUAUUCACCAUGCUCGUGUGCUUAUAAGGCAAAGGCAUAUCAGGGUUGGGAGGCAGGUAGUCAACAUCCCAUCUUUCAUGGUCAGAGUUGAUUCCCAGAAGCACAUUGACUUCUCUCUGACAAGCCCCUUCGGUGGUGGGCGCCCUGGAAGAGUGAAGAGAAAGAACCAGAAGGCAGCUGCCAAGAAGGCUGCUGGUGGUGAUGGAGAUGAAGAAGAUGAAGAUUGAAGAGGAACCCCACACCAACCCUAGAAUCAUCUUGUUUUGAUCUCUUGUCUUUUUCUUGUUAGUUUUAAAUCCUGAAUUUAUGAAAUCUUCAUUUGAAAUGGAUGUUGCUAUUUUUCUUGCUCGGUUUUGUUGGGAUUAGAAAUGAAUGAUUGCUUUACAAUUUCUAUAUAGUGGUUUUGAUUAAUGAAUUUAGUAUUUCUUUGAAGUUAAAAA